GACCGUCUCUUAGCCUGGAUCAGAGAACCCUGAAUGCAGCACUUACAGACACUCAGAUCAAGAGGGAGAUUCUACAGCCUUGUGACGAAGCCAAGAACUCUGAAACCACUCAUGGUGCUGAAGACAAAGAAAAGAGCAUGAUCUCUCAGUGCAAAUCGUCGUCGAUACUAAGGGAGGAAGAGGAAGAGCUGCAGGAUGACAGAGAAGAGGCAUUGGAGGAAGGGCAGGAAGUGGAAGCAGAGGGGCAGACGGUGUGUGGCGAGGACACACCAGAGGAAGAGGAGGUGAAGGUGGAGUGGCCCUCUGGAGUAACGCAGGCCUCGGAUAAAGACCUGGCUAAGCUGUCCAACACUGAAGGGCACAUGGAGGCUGAUCGCUUGACAGAUGGCUUCGUUUCAGCGAGCUCCUCCUCGGAUGGCCUGGUCUCCAUUCUUAAGAGGAGGCGAGCCUCACUAGAUGGACUUCCUCCUCAGAGUGACAGUGCAGAUAAGCAGAACUCUAGACGCAAAGUUCGCUUCAGCGAGCCAGAGGACGGCUUAGACCAAGAUGAGCUUGGAGGUGAUUCCUGUCUUAUCCUACUGCUGCUGUGUCUGAUCACUGUGGUGAUCAGCAUAGGUGGGACUGCGCUCUACUGCACUCUGGUGGAUACUUACUCCAACAUCUGCACCGACUUCACCCAGAACGUCGACUUCUACAUCACAAAUGCUCGGGGCUUCCUGGAAGGCCUCGGGCAGUGGCUCCCUCUACAGACUUAGACCCAAAUGGGUUUUCUUCCUGUAACAGAAGAGACUUCAGUGAAAAGGCACAGGAAACCUGGUGGGACAUCCACGACCUGCUGCUGUUCCAGAGAGUUUCACUCUCACUGUUUACUAGACACAUGCACAAACAGUGCCUUGCAAAGAAUCCAUAACCGUGAACUUUUAAAGUUUUUAGCACAUUAGAGCUUCUAACUUAGUAAAUUUUAGUGGAAUUUAAGGUGAUAGACCUGCACAAAAUGAGAUAUUAUUGUGAAGUAACGGAUAAAAUAAAAUAAUUAAAAUGCUGGAAACAAAGAGCAGCAGUUCUUAGGUUAUAUGGGUUUGCAUAUCAGGAAACUAAUUUGGAUUUAGGUCCAAAUUCUGAUGAAGACCAUCUAGCAUGAGUGUCCACUGAUCUAAACUAAUAACUGUAGCUCUAGGUGUAGCUUUAUACUCACAUCAACAGGUUUUCUUCCAUUAUUUUUCUCCAUCUGCUGCCUCCCAUCUUGCCAUCAAAUCCCUUAAGAGUGACGCUGCCAUGUUUAGUUUCAGGUGUUGAUGUCCUCAGCCUGAUAUGUGGUGUUCAUUUUCCACCACAUGUUUUAGAUUCAAUCCAAUAGUUUUCAUUUUGUGAUAUAUUUACUGUUUUUUUUUUGAGGCAAAGAGAAGCAGGAUUUCUUUUUAGAUCUUACAACAUCUGCUUGUCACCUCAAAGCCCUAACAAAGCGUGACACACUUUGGAGUUUUUAUUGCUUAUAACAUUGUAAAACCAUGCAGCCCUUCCCUUCCACUAUACAAUAAUGUACCAGUUAGUGUUGAUCUGUUAAGUAUAAUACUUAUAGAAUAGGGCAAACAUCACGACAAAAUGCAGAGUAAAUGUUUCCUUUGCAAGGCACUGUAACUGAAUAGGUGCUCAACCAUGUCAAUACCAACAAGUUCACCUCACCAAAUGUUGUAAAUAUUGUGUAACUAGGCUGCAAGUCUGGAUGCCGCUGAGGAGGGCUGGAGACUCUCCACAGUACGUAGAUUAAAACAGAAGCCAUUGA